AGUGACAGGAGGAAACAGGCGGAGAUGGAGCCCGGAAGCUUGAGAUAUUUUGCCGGUAAAAUAUUUUGAAUUGCUUUCCGGCUAAUGGAAGCAAGAACGAAAUCAUGCAAGACAGGGCCAUCGAUACGACUCUUGAUUUCGUGGAUGUUCAAGUGAUGGCUUGAGUCACGCGAUGAUUUGUCGUGCAUUUCAGUUGCAGAUCUACAUGCAAAUGCUGAGACGGUCACGGGCGGUCGGUUGACCGAUUUGGAGGAGAGAAGUGAAGAGAUUAUCGAUGCGGCUGACAUUGCGAAUCAGGCAGGAACUCUGUGUCUCUGAAGUUGAAAAUUGUGGUAGGACUCGGAGUUACCCCUGAGGAGGGGCACAUAUGUGCUCUAAGUAGAAGAGUAUUACAGGGAGUUCUCUGUGGAUCUGGUCCGGUAGCGAGUUACCGACCUUUCUGCGGAGGGAUGCACUUCGGAUGAAGCAGUGGAGAUGGCAGAUACAGCGGACUUAAUGAGGCGAAUGCGGUGGACAUUUCUACAGCAGCGCAAAUGGGCCCAUUGAGAGUGUAAUUUUGCUCAAGGUGUAAUAUGUAAGUUCUGACGGGGACACUGCAUGUGGUAAUGGUGAUGGAGAAACAGAUUUGUUCAAACAGUAUACAGGUUGUUCGCGUUUAAUUGGCGUAGUGCGCCAGCUCCGUUUGUGGUCUCUCACUUCCCUGUAGGAAGCAAUGCAGACCCCCGCGACCACGAGUCCGCGGGCGGACUCCAUCUUAGACUGGCUAGAGCAGGAGAUGGGAUACAGGUUACCCCCAUCAGCUGAUGCUAUCACCAAGAUAUGUCGUGGAAAUAUGCUCCCCAUAUGGAAGUUUCUAUUGGAGAGGGUGAAAUCCGAGAAAACUGUGGACAAAAUCAGGCGCAAUAUCCAUGUUCAUGGAAACAACGUAGGUACCUCGACCGUGAAAGAUUUGAACGUAGAGGAAAAUCAGUUGAAAAGAAACGAGUCUGGAAAGCUGGAAAGACGUGGUUCCAAUGCUGAAGAAGAAUCCACAAAACACAUGGAAAGGGACAGGAGGAGGCUAGAAAACAAGUUGAAGACUAGUGGAAGCUCGCGAAAUGUCAAAGUCAAAGAGGUCCGUGAGAAAGAAAGCACAAGCAAUGAGAGAGGAUCAGAUGCCGGCGAUCAACGAGAAAAGGCGUUGCUGGAGAGAGAAGAUGCCGAGAAAGAGGUAGCUAGACUGCGGCAUAUGAUCGAACGAUCGCUGAAGGAGAUGAAAGGCAGAAUGUCUGAUCUUUCGACAGAAGAGGGGGAGCGCCAACGGGUUUUGGAUGAAAAGUCAAAUUCGAGACAUAAGCAAGUGCUUCUUGAAGCUUAUGACCAACGCUGCGAGCAAGCAAUUCGUAUACUCACGGAGUAUUGGCGGCGUCUACAUACAUAUGUGGAGCACGCUAGAGAGUCUCAGAGAGGGAGGGGUUGGUCGGAUGGAACAAACGACCGAUUUAGACGAGAGCCUUCGAUGUACGCCACAGCAGUCAGAGGCGAGAGGCUUUCAGAUGAGAAUAUUUUUAUAGAAACAGCGGAGGAGAGAAGCAUUAGAGUUACAUGUGAGAUGAUCUCGGGUAACCUAGUUGAGAAAAUCAGGGGUGUUUUUCAUGCUUAUGAUGGUGACAGCGCCAAGGGUGAGAAUCACAUGGAAGAGACCAAAUUGGGGUUCGUUGUGGACGGAGGAGACGGUAUUCCUGAACAGGUCAAGGAAACGGCUUUGAGCUUGUUGCGGAAUCCUCCACACCUGCUCCAGGCCAUGAUUGGAUACACCUCCCGUAUAGUUGCCAACGUGAAUAAGGAAACAGAGAAAAUUGACAUCAGAGCAGAUGCAGAGCGACUCAGAUACAGGUACGAGAAUAAUAGAAUCACAGAAGAUGGCACUUCAGGGAAAGAGAAAAGCACAGUUACUGCGAACCAAGUGGUAGUUCAAGAAAAGAGCAAAGCUUGCUUAGAUAUAACCAACAGAGGCAUAUUUAAACAAUUACGAGAACGACAGACAGCACAUGUUCAACAAUUCAUGGCAACGGAGGAAAUGCUGAAUUUAGCCGCGGAAGCUAAGAGUACUACAGAGGAGCUUGUAAAGCGGAUGUCUGGUGCAGUAAAUGGCGGCCAACCUGCUUACAUGAAUGGCAAUCAGAACGCAGGAGGAUUGAGGCAGAUUGAGUUGGAAGUGUGGGGCAAAGAGCGGGAGCUUGCAGGCUUGAAGUCAAGCGUAGACAUGUUGACUUCAGAAAUACAACGUCUGAAAAUGAUGUGUGAGGAGAGAAAGCAGGCCAAGGAAGAUCUACGGAGGAAAUGGCGUAAGAUUGAGGAGUUCAAUGCCCGGCGGAUGGAGUUGGAGUCUGUGUAUGGUGCACUGAUUCAUGCCAACAGGACCGCAGCAAUGUCUUGGGAGCAGCACAUGACUGCAGCCCGAGAACUUUCGAAUACCACUAUCGUCCCAGUAUGCACAACGCUGCAAAAUGAUGUAAACUACGCCUCGGAUAUGAUUGAAAGAGAGGUUGGAGCUUUUACGAGGAGCCCUGACAAUCGGCUAUAUCUUUUCCCAGCCUUUUCACAGGGCUUGUUGGACGCAAUGGGCGCAAGCAAUGCUUCAGGACCUGAAGCAGUGGCAGCAGUGCACAGAAACGCUGAUCUUAUGACAGCAAGAGCUGGUGCAGGAGACCCAUCCGCAAUUUCGUCAAUCAACCGAAUAAAUGCAGCUCUACAGAGCUUGUCAGGUGUUGCAGGGGAAGGUGCAGACGCUGGAUUAGUUGCUGUCGUUGAGUCCCUGCAGUUCUUUUUCCGACACAAGGUGUCUUCAGCAAAUCUAUUGGAAGAUCUCGCGAGAGAAGUCAACCAGAUGCAACUGCUAAGAGAUUUGGUUACAAGUGGUCGUAUGUUGCUGGCUGCUGCCAAUUCGUCGAGACCAGAAUAUGAGAGAUGUAAAUUUAUGUACGAGGGUAGAACCACUCUUACCGCCGAAUGGCAGGUGCUCGAUACGGAACCCAGGAAUGCAGCAGCAUGUGCUGCAACAGCAAUAGAACAAGAGAAAAUUGCACUAGAACAGUGGCUACCUGAGCUCAAGGCUGCGGUGCAAGAAGCCCAAAAAUGUCUUGAGAACAGCAAGAGAGUUCGUGGACUAGUGGAUGAAUGGUGGGAACAACCCGCUUCAACGGCUGUUGAUUGGAUCACUGUGGAUGGUCAAAACGUGGCAGCUUGGCUUGCCCACGUAAAGCAACUGCAGGUUGCCUUUUAUGAAAAACAGCUCCUGUAACAUACUAAUCUUCCAAUAUAAUGUAGUUGUCAUUUGAGACAUCUUGUCUCGCCAGAUAUUGUACUCUUAGUGCAUUGCACUCGCCAAAUAAGAAGUGGCCUAGCAAGUACAGGGUCAAUGAGGGUGUCUAUGUAUCAUGAGUUGUAGAUUAGUCGUUUCUAGAGCCUAUGUGAAUCUUUUGAAUUGUUGCCCCUCAAAGGAAGAUCCCAGCGUGCUGCCUAACGUCUUCUACAUGUACAUAACUUUGGAAAAUGUCCUCCAGCCGCAUUUCCCAAAUUUAGCUUACUAACGAGUAUAGGCAACGUCUGAACGUGCGUGUGCAAUCUCCUCAAGAAGGCUCCUUGUAGUGAAGCCUGUGAUCAAGUUUUGUUUUAAAAAUUAGGAGCAACGUCUUUAUCUGUACAAAUUUUUGCCUUCGGAGGGCAUCACAGUCUUCACAUUAGUGGUUAGGAAGUCCUGUAGAUUGUGACAUCACAGGUUGCGAUGUUUACGGGAUUUAAGGCGAUUAUGUAAUGUCGUUCGAAGUGUUCAGCCAAUCUUCAUAUACUUUGUUACAAUUAUGAAUCUCGAAGUUUCCAAGAGUUAUUUACUAGUUGAUAUAA